UCUCUUAUGCCACAAGCAUAAGUAUGAAUUGGUCUUAAAUUUAUAGCAUAAAUAUUGUAUUGUGUGUUAUUUACACAUGUGCUUAAGUUACAAAUUGAUUUAUUUCAUUUUUAAUUGAAACUUAAUUUUUCUGUAAGAAUCAAGAAACUGUUAAAAAUCUUGAGGAAGCCUUCAUUGGUCAGUGAAGAGAUGAAACCAACAAAAACUUUUUAUUGAAAGUUUCUAUAAUUCUUCCCAUAAUUUACAUUGUUUAACGGGAUUAAAAAACUGAAAUUUCAGCAUGAGUUGCUCUGACCAAGACAUGCUAAGCCAACACUUCCAAGAUGCAAUAGAAGUUUUACAGCAACAAUCAGACCUUCAGCAGCAACAACAGCCUGAUGUCUGCUACAGUUUUGAAAAUUUCCAGCAGAUGCAGUCUCGAACCAGUCUCAACUGUUACAACUCCAUGUCUGUGUAUGAGGAACAAACAUCCAGCUGGACAGAGAUACCGAACUGGGUUCACACAAUUGCAGAUGGCCCUCCAGUAUACAACUUUAACAACUGCCAGGAAAAUCAACUUGUUUAUUCUGUUUUACAUUCCCAACGAAGUGGAAAAGGUAGAAAAAAACUACGGCUCUAUGAAUACCUCCAUGAAGCACUGUGUGACUCAAAUAUGUCUGAUUCAAUACAGUGGGUGGACAAAAGUAAUGGCACUUUUCAAUUUGUGUCAAAAAACAAAGAGAAGCUGGCAGAACGUUGGGGGAAGAGAAAGGGCAAUCGAAAAACCAUGACUUACCAGAAAAUGGCUCGUGCCUUACGAAACUACAGCAGGACUGGUGAGAUUAUUAAGAUUCGGAGGAAGCUGACUUAUCAGUUUAACCCAGUGAUUUUACAAAGACUAAAUCCCACUCACACACUGGGACGAGAUGGAUUGUUUUACCAGUAUAUACCUACAGACCAUGGCAACUAUGCAGUAGAUAACUGGCAAAGUGGUUACAGCCACUACAAUUAUGACUCUCUGCAUGACCUCAAUUAUUCGGUGAUACACUCAGCUACAUAAUUUUUGUCUGGAAGACAUGAACUAUGAAAAUUAAAGAGAUUGCUAGCAGGGUGUUUGACAAUAUGCAAAUCAUAAUACCUUCAAAUGAUGAAGUUUAUCUCACAAAUCACAGUGGAUAAUGGAUUUUGAUAACAUUUCAAAAUAAACACAUUUGAGGAAUAAAAGAAAAUUGUUUAUAAUACAGUGAAAAUCAUGUCAUGUCCAGAAUGUUUCUUAUUGUAAUCAUCUUCUAAAAUGAUUAAAAAAUGUAAUUUGUACUCUUUUGUUUACUUUAAAAAUGGCAGCUGAUUUUGCUUGACCCUAAUAUGCCUUGCAAUAUGAUAUUGUUUUAAAAUUAAUCCAUUUAAAAGAGCAAACACCUGUUCCUCUCAACAAGAAGAAAUGAUGUUCUGUUUUCUCCCAUUUAAAGGAAGUAAGUGAAUUAUUCAAACCACUUAUGAAUGAACUUCAGUUACCCAUUGAUAAAAAAUCCACACAGAAAAAAAACAGACCUUCCUUAGGUUAAAAUUUACAAAUAGAAUUCAUAACUUUCUAACAAGUUUGUAACAUCCAUCCAUUUUGAUAUAGCAGGGUCACAUUGAAGCUGCAGCCAUUACUAGAACGCAUGGGUUGCAAGGCAGGAACAAGACCUGGAUAGGGCCCCACUUACACUUACCACCUUUGAUACUCUAGGGCCUUUAGUUUUUAUUUAUGGUGGUACUAAAAUUAUGCUUUGCAUGACCUUCUGUGUUUAAAAGGGCUUGGCAUUCCAGUUUUCCUCUGUGUCCCAAAUUCAACAGGAUUAGGUGAACUUCCAAUAUUAUAAACUAGCGUGGUGUAAAUGUAUACAUAUCCUUCAUUAAACGAUCUUCCCACUGAAGGUUGACUCCUGGCAAUAAUACUGCUAUUGCUCACCAAGACUCUGGAAGAGCGAACAAGAUACAAUUAAUUGUUCCUCUUUAGCAGCUAUACUAUUACCAGUGUUGAUUUUAAAUAUAUGCAUUCAUUUACAAGAAAUCAUAAAUUUACAAUGCAAAAUCUGUAGAGGCUAUCACACCUACACUCAAGCUAGUUGUCAUUAUUUCUGUUUGAUGCAUGUCACUGUUGUUUCUCAUGAGUUAACUACUUACGUUUUACAGUUUUCUCAUCGCUAAGAUAGUUCAUGAAAACAAUCCACCAUUUUCCCAAAAUUAUAAACACAAUAUCAUAACCACACACUAAUUUGUACAAAUCUCAGACUUUAUUGACAAAAGUAAAAAUUUCUCUUGACAUAAUCCCUUGGAUUUAAAUCAAACUUUCUUUUCAGAUGGCACACAAACACACAGACUGUA